CCUGAGACUCCACAAGUGGAUGCAUUGCUUCCCGAUACGUCCGGAUCUGCUGUCGUGGAAAGAGGUGUUCCACCACAGAGUACACACACUCAAACUGACAGCCUGGCUGAUCCUUCAGGAUGGGGUUUCUCCGAGGGAGUAAUGCAUGUGCUAGAAAAUGCCCGGCGCUUGUCUGCUCGACAGUCCUAUUCCCUAAAGUGGAACAGGUUUACUGUUUGGUGUUAGGGAAGGGAGUUGGACCCUUUGACUUCUUCCCUUUCAGAAAUCCUUGACUUUCUAUGGGGACUCAAGCAAACGGGUUUAUCUAACUCAUCUGUUAAAGUCUACUUGGCAGCUAUUUCUGCCUUUCACCCCCCAGUGGAUCGCAGAACAGUGUUCUCUCAUUACACUUCAAAGAUAUUUUUGAAAGGAUUGAAUAACUUAUUUCUCCCUGUCAGGGUGUUAGUUCCUCAGUGGUCUUUACCCCUGGUUUUGACUAGGCUCCUCUCGAAGCCCUUUGAGCCUUUGGCUGCUUGUCCUUUGAACUUUCUUACAUUUAAAGUUGCGUUCCUGGUAGCUGUUACUUCAGCUAGGAGAGUGGGGGAAUUGGCAGCGUUGUCCUGUGAACCCCCUUAUCUAAAAAUCCACCCAGAGAAGGUAGUCCUUAGAGCCAAGGUGGAAUUUUUACCUAAGGUAGUGCCUAAAUUCCACCUUUCUCAGGAGAUCUCCCUACUGGUAUUUUUCAAAGAUCACAUCUCCGAGACAGAGAGGGCCCUCCACACUUUAGAUGUCCAUAGGGCUCUUCUCUUUUAUUUGGACCGUGUAUGACCCUUUAGGGGGGAUUCCCACCUUUUUUUAUGCUUCGCAGGGCCAAAUAAGGGGGGAAAGGCUAGCUCUCAGACAUUGGCUUGCUGGGUGGUCCAGGCUAUUAUUAUGUUGUGUUAUAAAACUGCUAAUUUACCUUGUCCGUUGGAAGUGCAUGCUCAUUCCACUAGGUCUCAAGCGUUGUCCGCAGCUCUUCUGAGAGGCGUCCCACUGCAGGACAUCUGUAAAGCAGCGACGUGGGCCUCGGCAGACACGUUUGUCAGGCACUACGCCUUGGACGUCCUAGACAGGAAGGAGCCGAUAGUGGGUACAGCAGUCCUACAAUCAAUCUUCCUGUGAUGAGCCUUCGUUACCUCCACCCAGUGCGGCGGCGAAAGAGGACUGAGGGUACGUCAGGGGCGCCCCGCCUCUUAGAGGCCGUUUUCGGCGGGAAAGACGGCUGUGCAGGCGCACUGAGAGGCAAGGGCGCCCCCUAGUGGUUUUGAGCUUUAACAAUCUCCGAAGUCGGCAGGCCUGUGCGUGCGCAGUCCCAUGUGUGCCUGCACAGAAGACCUAGAUGAACAACAGUUACAGUAAUAGUGAAGAUGAGGACGUUGCACCACUAUCAGCAAAACUUACUGAUAUUUACUCCUUUAAUAACUUUGAUCACACGGAUGUUGUCAGAAAUGUUGAUGGAAUCCACAGUGAACUGAAUGGUGGAACUGAGAACAUGACAUUGAAGUAUGAGCAGUCUCUCCAGGGAAACAGUACUAGUAGCAGUUCAUCAGAAGAUGAAGCUGAAGAAGCAGAUGCUGAAAAUGGUAGCGAACUACCGAGAACCCUGGAGGGUGAUUUAAUGCUUGGCAGAAAUGUGCUAAGGGAAAGGGAAGCCAAAAGUGACAGUCCUUUGCCAUCAUAUGCCACUCAGCAGGCUGAUCAAGGUUCAAUUUGUUGUGAAUGCCAUGCCUGUAAACAGGAAGCGUCUGAUGCUGAAACAAGAUGUCUUCCUGCUGGGCAUCAGUUUAGGAUCCCAGAAAAUUCUGCCCAUCCUGCUCUUCACCUUUAUCCUCACAUCCAUGGACAAACACCCUUGCAUACUCUGCCUCAUUUACCGCCUCCACUAAUCCAUCCCUCAUUAUAUACAGCAUCCUCCUCUUCACAGAGUAAGGCACUGGUCCAGAAUCAUGCAAACAAGUAUCAAGCCCUCAGUACAUCACUCCAAGAUCAUAUCUACCCAAGUUGUUUUGGGAAUACUCCAGACUGGAAAAGUUCUAAAUUUCUAAGCAUUUGGGAAUCUGAAGUCAUGAAUGACAAGAACUGGAAUUCCUCUACCUUUUUGCAAGAUGUGCUUCCUGGCAGUGAUACAGUAGCACCAACACUCUUGGAAAUGAAACCUAAUGAACUUCCUGUAAUGUCUAGUAAUGAAGGAAUUGUAGUGACUGAUAGCAAGAAGAGGGAAAAUGUGUUAAAGAAAAAAUGUCUGUACCAUUUCCAAGACGCUGUUAUGGACACUAGCAAAGUUGUUAUGGCAACUUCUUCUGCAACCUCUUCAGUCUCAUGCACCCCAACUACAGUGCAGUCAAGCAACAACCAGUUUAAAGUUUCAUCUAAAAGAUUGUCAUCACUAGGUCAAGUAUUCCACAGUAUCAAUACACAUGAUCACUCUUCAUCGGCUGUGCCACAAACCAGUUCUACUUGUUUAGCAUCGCUACCUUCUCUCUCUCCUGUGGUGCUUUCUCCAACUUCUGCUCCUCAUCUCCAAAGUCCUGAUGCUCCAUCUUUCUCUGAGGUUACUGCAGCCGCUUCUGGCUUUGGGGAUCCCUGUUCAGAUCUUUAUUCUACAACAGUUGCACCUCCUUCAACUACCGAAGAUUUGAUCAGUGCUCCAUCCAGAGCCUGCAGUGAUCCUGACUGUGAAGGCCAUCACUGUGAGGAUAACAGUCUAUAUGACCACCAGCAAUAUGAUGGCGAGGACAGCCAAGAUGAAGACAGCUGUUCAGAGCAUAGCUCCAGUACCUCAACAUCUACAAACCAGAAAGAAGGAAAAUACUGUGAUUGUUGCUACUGUGAAUUCUUCGGCCACGGAGGACCACCAGCAGCACCAACUAGUAGAAACUAUGCUGAAAUGAGAGAAAAACUUCGCCUGCGUUUAACAAAGAGGAAAGAGGAACAACCUAAGAAAUCAGAACUAAUUUCAGAUAGAGAGAGUGUUGUUGAUCCUAGAAAAGUGGAAGACUUGCUACAGUUUAUAAACAGCCCUGAGACUAAACCAGUAAACAGCACGCGGGCAGCCAAAAGAGCAAGGCAUAAGCAGAAAAAGUUAAAAGAAAAGGCUCAUCUUGAAACUGAAGCUGGAGUAAAGGAGUCUCACCAGCUGCAAGAUGAGGAAGUGCAACUGAAAAAGGGACUGCAAGAAGCGCAGGAGUUUCAGGCCGUGAAGAAAAAGAAAAGAGAAAGAAGCAGCCCAAACUGUCCCCCACAGACUCAGAAUUGCCAAGUAGUGGUGCCGCCUGACUCUGGACCCCCAGAAAAUACUCAGAAUGGACUACAGGGGAAAAUAGAAAUUGCAUGUGAUUCGCUGUCUAAGGAUGCAUGUAAUGUUAAACAGGGGCCAGUUUCAGAAGAUGUCUGUGAGUUGCCUAAUUCAGUGAAUGGCAAAGGCUCAAAGCCGUUCUUCAACACAGACAUGACCGUGAAAUCCCACGAGCCUCUUUCUUUGCUCCUUAAUAUAAUGCAUCAUCAUACAGAAAAUAAAAGCAAACAGCAGAUAACACAAAUAGGUAAGCUCUUUGCUGAAGAACUGAAAAAGCCAUCCAAAGCAACAAACCUUCAGCCUAAAAUAAAAAACCAAAUGCAAUCCAAAAUAAAAGCAGCAGCUGCAGCCUCCAAAAAAGAGGAGAAGAAAGUAAAUGCUAAUAAUAUAAAGCAGGUGAAUCAAGCAACUGAAUCAUCUUUGGCAAGUGGCUCACCAAAGCAGCACAAUAAGCUGGUAUUGGAAAGUUCUCCUGAGCCAAAGUACAAGAGCAAGAAAAAUAAGAAAAAGAAAGGCGACAAAGGGAACUCAUCAAUUGAUGAUGUAUUUUUGCCCAAAGAUGUUGACCUUGACAACGUGGAAAUGGAUGAGACAGAGCGAGAAGUGGAAUGUUUUAAAAGAUUCUGCUUGGAUUCUGCCAGACAGACGAGGCAAAGGCUUUCAGUCAACUGGUCCAACUUCAACUUGAAGAAAGCUAGCUUUACUGCCCACUAGAAGACACAAAUGGGCACCUGACUGCUAUUGGCGCUAAUGACUAACACAGCUUUCUACUGUGCUGAGAACUGCUCUGGCUCUGCGAGAGACAACCUCGUUCCCAAGGCUGUGUGGAUCUGCACUGAUGCGCUAGCCUUUGUCCUAAUUAUCCUAGCAGACUGAAAAAUUGCUGCUUUUUCUGCAUUUGUUAGCUUGUGUGUAGACUUCUCUGAUUGUAGCUCUCGAGUGCUGGAGAUAGAACAAUUGUUUCCAUUUCUGGAAGGCCCAUGUUGUCGGUGACUUUCAGCAGUUGUGUUGAAACUGGGCUCCUGAUUUGCACCACCUUUGGUUUCUGCCAUUUCAAUAUGACCUCCCCUUCAAAUAGAGCAGUGGAUCCAUUUGCUCUUUCGGCUAUAGACUUUUCAUGACAACAAUACUAUUCUGGGACGUGCAUCUACUUUGUUUUUCACAAUCUACUGUUAAGAAUGUACAAGUUAAGCUAUUUGUGUUUUGAUUAUUUCUUAUUUGUAGCCAGCUUGUGUAAACUUGCAGAAGGCAAUUUAACAAACAGUACUCGCAUAUCAAAUCAGUAAUAUUCUAUAAUUGUAUUAACACUGAAGCCUACCUGGCUAAUUUUUAACAUAUUGUUAAGUAAUAUUAAAAUCAUGCCUUUCUUGUUGAAAGAUGGAAUACAUCAGUAUCA